AUGUUCACAUUUCUGGUGGGAAAAAACCACAAGCCUUUUAACAUCCAUUCCGAGCUUCUUCGGACGCAAUCACCCCCACUGCAUGCCUUGAUGAACAACGAUCAGAUGGAGGAGUCUCGUGUAGGCGUUGCAGUCCUAGAGGACGAUGAGGUUGAAGUCUUCAAUGCAUUUUGCCACUAUGCCUACACAGGAGUCAUCCACUCGCCAGUAAUUGCUCUACAGACUGUUUAUCCAGACCAGUCAGGUGACGCGACAAUGGAAGAUAGCGAUGAAGACGACGAGAACAAGCAGAAAGCCAAACCGAUCUUCAGUUCGCGAAAUCUGAAGUUUUAUGCUCAGCUGUACUUCUUCGCAACCAAGUACCUUUUUGAGGACCUCCGGGCAUGCGCUCGCCACCAUGUAUGGGAGAUUUUAACCGAUGAUGAUGGUUUCGGUGGAAACGCGGCCGUGUAUUUGGACUUUCUCAAAUACGUAUAUGAAAAUACAUCGUGCGACGAACCUGGUGGCUCCUUGCUUCGGAUAACAGUAACCAGUUUCAUCUCGGAUUACCUGACCCGUGCUGACAAGAAAUUGCCUUUCGAGGAGCUCUUUCUCUCUGGUGGGGAGGUCACUCGAGAUGUGGUAUAUAGAUUACUAGCUACUAUUAACGAUACUGGGAAGGAAUCUGACUCUGAUUAA